CCACACCGGACACAUUUCACUGUUGUACCGGACACGGACCGGAAGUGUGUUUUAAACGUCGCAGUCGUUGCGUGCUUGUUUAUACAUUUAUAAACUUUUCCGUUUAUUUUAUAACUACCUUAUCGUCCACAAAAAUGGGGAAAAGGCAGCAUCAAAAGGAUAAGAUGUACAUCACUUGUACAGAAUACACUCAGUUUUAUGGAGGGAAGAAAUCAGAAAUCCCUCAAUCCAAUUUCAGACGACUGCCCUUUGAUCAUUGCGGUUUGUCACUUCAGCCCUUUGAGUAUCCUAUGUGCACAGAGGAUGGGGUGGUCUUUGACCUAAUGAGCAUAGUGCCUUGGCUUAAGAAGUUUGGUACCAACCCAAUAACUGGAGAGAAGCUUGAAGCCAAAUCCCUCAUCAAGCUUAACUUUAGCAAAAACAAUGAAGGGAAGUACCACUGUCCUGUGCUGUACACAGUGUUCACAAAUAAUUCCCACAUUGUUGCCAACAAAGUCACGGGCAAUGUUUUCUCAUAUGAGGCAGUGGAUCAGCUGAACAUAAAGACAAAGAGUUAUAAAGAUUUGUUGACGGAUGAGCCCUUCACACGCCAGGAUCUCAUCACAGUACAGGAUCCUACAAAUCUAGACAAAUUUAAUGUCUCCAACUUCUUCCAUGUGAAAAACAAUAUGAAAGUCCUUGACCCUGAUGAAGAGAAAGCCAAACUGGACCCAGCUUACCAUCUGAAAAGCACCAAUCUGGAAACACGUGAAACGCUGGCAGAGCUCUAUAGAGACUAUAAAGGAGACGAGCUGCUGGCCUCCACUAUGAAAGAGCCAGAGACCAAAAAAACAGACAAACUCAAUGCUGCUCACUAUUCCACUGGAAGAGUGUCUGCCUCCUUCACAUCCACAGCUAUGGCUCCAGCCACAAUCCAUGAAGCAGAUGCUAUUGCUGAUGAUGCGGUUCGCUACCAGUAUAUUAAGAAGAAAGGAUACGUUCGUCUGCAUACAAACAAAGGAGACCUGAAUCUGGAGUUACACUGUGAUAAGGUCCCCAAGGCUAGUGAAAACUUCAUUAAACUAUGCAAGAAAGGGUAUUAUGACGGCACAGUAUUCCACCGCUCAAUUCGAAAUUUCAUGAUUCAAGGAGGAGACCCUACAGGAACUGGUACAGGAGGCGAGUCUUUUUGGGGGAAGCCGUUUAAGGAUGAGUUUAGGCCCAAUCUUUCCCAUACUGGUCGUGGUGUUCUGAGCAUGGCUAACUCAGGACCAAACACAAAUAAAUCCCAGUUCUUCAUCACAUUUCGCUCGUGCUCAUACCUGGACAGGAAGCACACUGUAUUUGGAAGAGUGGUUGGUGGUUUUGAGACUCUCACAGCGUUGGAGAACGUUGAAAGUGAUCCUAAGACAGACAAACCCAAGUCAGAGAUAAAGGUGCUGAGCGCUACAGUAUUUGUGGACCCCUACGAGGAAGCAGAUGCACAGAUUGCGGCCGAGCGAGAGAAGGAAGUACAGAAACAAGAGGAAGAGAAAGCGCAAACUUCUGCUUCAGUCACCAAGACAAAAACAGAAUCGCAGCCUAAAACCUUCAGACCAGGAGUGGGCAAAUACAUCAACAUGUCUGCCAAAAAACAUUCCCACCCAGAUGGUGACAAACCCUCCACUAGUGAAGCUCCUGCCAAGAAACCCAAAGGCAGAACGGGAUUUGGAGACUUCAGUUCCUGGUAGAAGCUUGAACCUGACAGUACCUUCUUUCUUACAAAUGGCUGAUUAUGUAUUCCCCCUUAUAUGUUCCAUAAUUUGUAUUGGAGUGAUGAAUGUUUUUUUAUUUUUAUUUUUUUAUUUAAAGGGAUAGUUCACCCAAAAAGGAUAAUUCAAUAAAA